AUGACAGGGCGAGAGAAAGUGGAGGAAAAGCCACACGUGAAGCUUCUAACGACUCCGACUUGUUACAGCGCCGACAAAUCGCGCUCCAGUGGCUCCGGAUUCCGGUCCAAAGGCUUCGCCAUCACCGACCUGCUGGGCCUUGAGUCGGACUUCCGGCCGCAUCAGCCCGGUACUGUAGAAGUCAGCGAACAGCACGAGGUUGGCGAUGAGGGUCAUGGCACUGGGACUGGAGGCUUCUCGUGGCCCGCGGGGUCUCUGCCGCUUGGUUUGGGUUUCCUGUGCAGUCUGGCAUCGCAGCAGCAGCCUUCUGGUGCUCCGUGUUUCCUCCCGGGUCACAUCCCACUCCUGCACUCCCGAACUGACAGGCAUUUCAGCCACAACACCGACCCACAGCGGCUCGACGGCUAUUCCGAUGAUGACUGUCUCUCUGGGGAUCACAACGAAGAGAAAAGCUCGAGUAACUCUCAGAAACGGAAGAAACGGAGACACAGGACAGUGUUUACGUCUCACCAGCUGGAAGAACUGGAGAAGGCUUUCAAUGAAGCUCAUUAUCCAGAUGUUUAUGCACGGGAAAUGCUGGCCAUGAAGACAGAGCUCCCUGAGGACAGGAUACAGGUGUGGUUCCAGAACCGACGGGCCAAAUGGAGGAAGCGUGAGAAGUGCUGGGGCCGCAGCAGUGUGAUGGCAGAGUAUGGCCUGUACGGUGCCAUGGUCCGUCACUCCAUCCCUUUACCAGAAUCCAUCCUCAACUCGGCCAAAAACGGCAUGAUGGGCUCGUGCGCGCCCUGGCUUCUGGGAAUGCAUAAAAAGUCCAUGGAAAUGUCCAAGAAGUCUCCGGAGAGGCCUGAAUCGACACACUCCGAUCCAUACCUCGAGGAGACGAAAGGGAAAGACGGAGACGCCACAUGGCCAAGACGACGCUCUGUGACUGACAAUUUGGAGGAUAUGGCCAUCGAUUUAUCCAGCACAUCCAAACAGGACACCAAGAGUGCUUUGAAAGUCUCGUCUCCUCAUCCUGAACCCAGCAGCGACUCUGAAAACUAG